AUGUUGGCCUCCGUUGCUGCGUUGCUGCUGUUUGGGUCGUCGGCAGUAUGCGGGCGACCAAACAUUCUCUUCAUCCUGACAGAUGAUCAAGACUUGCAUAUGGAAAGCGUUGAGCAUAUGCCAUAUCUGAAGGAAUUAAUCGUCGACGAGGGUAUCACCUACACUCAGCAUUAUUGUACGGUUGCCUUAUGCUGUCCUUCCCGAGCAACUCUGUGGACCGGUAGGGCUGCGCAUAAUCACAACGUUACCAAUGUGUCUCCUCCCCAUGGCGGAUAUCCAAAGGUUGUUACCCAAGGUAUCAACGACAAUAAUCUCUUCCUCUGGAUGCAGGAGGCUGGCUUCAACACGUAUUACGUCGGCAAGCUUUGGAACUUCCAUGCCGUGGAUAAUUUUGACCGGCCCUAUGCACGAGGGUUCAACGGGUCUGACUUCUUACUUGAUCCUUAUACCUACCAGUAUUGGAACGCAAAGAUGACGCAUAACGGCGAAGAGCCUGUCAGUUACGCGGGGCAGUACUCGACAGACGUCGUUGCUCACAAAGCCAUGUCUUGGCUAGAAGAAGCCCUGGAACAAGAAAGUUCCUUCUUUCUCACCGUAUCGCCCAUUGCGCCUCAUUCCAACUGGGUCAUUGAACCGGAAAAGGAUUUGUCUUAUCUUGAAGAGCCAAAAGCUGCGCCCAGACACCAAGAUCUGUUCCGAGAUUAUGUUAUACCCAGGGACGAGAGCUUCAACACGGCGGUUGACGGAGGAGCCAGUUGGAUCAGGGAUCUUCCGCCACUGAAUGAGUCUGUGCUUGCAUAUAAUGAUCACUAUCAACGACAGAGACUAAGGUCGCUUCAAUCGGUAGACGAAAUGGUGUCAGAACUGGUCAGGAAACUUGAAGAGGCUGGGCAGCUUGACAACACCUACAUCUUUUACACGACAGAUAACGGGUAUCACAUUAGUCAACAUCGGAUGAAUCCAGGUAAAGAGUGCGGAUAUGAUGCAGAUACUGACAUCCACAUCCCGUUCUUUGCACGGGGACCAGGUAUUCCCCGAGGAGGAGUUGUUAAUGCUGUCACAACACAUACCGAUGUCAGCUCAACCUUACUUGAGAUUGCUGGUAUCAAAAAGGAGCUUGAUGGAAUCGCCAUGCCGUUACAGGUAGUGGGCGAUGAUAUCGACAGGUAUGAACAUGCCAGUAUUGAGUACUGGGGUCCGGCCGUUCCAGAAGGGAUCUAUGGAGGUCGUGGAGAUAAAAAUAGGGAGGCCGGUGUUUGGCAUAACUACUACCGCAAUAAUACAUACAAGGGACUGAGAAUAGUCUCGGAGGAGUACAGUAUCUACUACUCUGUAUGGUGCACCAACGAAACAGAGUUCUUCGAUCUCAAGGCCGAUCAAUAUCAGGUGCAGAAUCUUGCAGCUCCCGGAAGCAAUCCCUCGGCAUAUCAAAUCGCGGGACGGCCACUCGAUCAGAUCCUCACUCGAUUAAACGCAUUAAUCAUGGUGCUGAAGACCUGCAAAGAUCGGGUUUGCACUUAUCCGUGGGAGUCAUUACAUCCUGAUGGCAGUGUUCAGAGUCUGAAACAGUCCUUGAAUGGGAGAUUUGACGAAUUUUAUUCCAACCAACCCCAGAUGUGGUUUUCUGAUUGUUCACUCGGGUACUUUAUGGAAGCGGAAAACCAGGACCCAGUGAGGGCUUUUGAGACGACGCCGAAGCUGCAAAAACAGGGGUUUGACUGGGUUAAUCACUGGCAUCACUUUACGUAA